AUGACAGGAACAACCAAGAAGUCAGAUCGUCGAGUUCCACCCGAGCAACGGAAACGCACGGAGCACAGCUGUGACAGGUGCAAAACAAGAAAGCAGAAGUGCAACCGAAUCCCUGACCAAGCCCGCUGUGAACAUUGCGAGCGCUUCAACUACAAAUGUGCCGUUACGAGGCCGCGGAAACAAAGGCUGUAUGGCAGCGCAGAACAUGUGCGUGCUCGUAUGGUAUUGCUGGAGGCUUUGGUAAAAGGUCUCAUCCCUGAUGCUGACCUAUCCUCCUUCGAGAGCAUGCGGGAAGUCGGAGAAUCUCUGGGGAUUCCCAUGCCGGAGAUCGAGGAGGGCGAGUACCAUGCUCCGCAGCCCGAGCCCAGCCAGAACAAUGAAGUGGUACGCGUGGAGAAGAAACACCAACACCUAGUACAAGACCAGCAGGGUCAGGGGCAAUACAUUGGUCCUGCAAGCUCCUACUUCUUCCAGCUGAAGCUCCGGACUCUCCUGGGACGUCAUCAGGAGCGAAUCUGCCAAAUGCUACUGUUCGGUCGCAACCCUACCGAGGAGAGUCUGAGGCCGUCUACUAUCGAGGUCCUCACAGAAUCCGAAAUUCGUGCCGUUGCAAGGCCCCCUCAAUCGUAUGCCAAUGGCAGCUCUAUGUCGUAUAUCCCUGCCUUGCUCGAUUCCUCCGUGAUCGACGGACUUGUCCGAGCCUACUUCGAGCACGUCAAUGUCGACUUUCCCGUCCUUCACGAGGCGUCAUUCCUGGAGAAUUAUGAUAGAUGGCGUUUUGCCCCACAAGCCGUUGAUCGAGCAUGGGUGUGCACCCUUCUUUGCGUUCUGAUCUUGGGUCGACGGAUAAACCCACUGGGGACCGCUGAGACCCAGCAGCAAAAGUGGUGGACCCACGUCGAAUCCCUCCUGCCCAGCAUCAUCUUCACCUCCAGUAUCCAAUCAAUCCAGGCGCUGAUGCUGGCUGCCCUGCACCUCCAUAAUACAAACCAUCGGGAUGUAUGCUGGACCCUGACAGGGGCGGCAGCGCGGAUUGCGGUUGCCAUCGGCCUUCAUCGGGACGAUAUUGUCUGUGAGGGUCCGCGACUGGCUCGAGAGCUCAGACGUCUCUUGUGGUGGACACUCUACAGCUUUGAGCAGAUCCAGGUCUCCUCCCACGACCGGCCCAGUGCCCUGGAUGGCACGAUGUGUUCCACCAGCUCGCCCCACGAGAGGCUCCUGGGGAUCGGAUCCUCCCUCUAUCCUCCGAAUUACACCCUCUGGUCGACCCGGCUUACAUCCAUUCUUGGCUUCGCGUGCCGUGCGUUGCCAACCGCUGCGAGUGACCCUGAGCUUACGGGACUCUCAGGCCUCCUUUCUCCCGCAGCGGGGUUGCUUCGCGAUCUGACUAGAUGGCAUGCCACGCUACCGCAGCAUCUGUCACUUAAUGUAUUUGACACACUCCCGGAUUCGUUUAAGAGACCUGUACUUCUACUGCACAUCCAGUACCAUUACACCGUCUCCCUCCUCACUCGCCAUUCCCUGAUGCAACAUCUUGGAUCGCUAUCACAACAGUCGACCAGCGAUGGGAACGAGGAGGAGAUCGAGCUGACAGCCAAAGUCUGUUGCGAAUCUGGUCGUAAGAGCUGCGAGCUGCUAGUGCAGCUCCACAAGUGUGGAAAGUUCAACGCUGUGACCUGGUGGGACGUGUAUUUUGUGUAUUCAUCCACCUUGGUAUUAGCGCUGGGUCUCAUGUGGGAUCGAGCGCAACAGCGCAGUGACCGGACUACCAUUGAUUCAUCUCUCGCUCUUCUGCAUUCCUGCGCGACCAUCGUCGUCAACCAUUCCUCCAAUCCCAUGGUUCCUGGUACCAUGCGGCGCUGGAUUGGAAUGAUUUGCGACCUUGAUGUGCUGGUCCACGAGAAGCUAGCUCCUUCACACCAGCUAGUGCAGAGUGUUCAACGCGAUGUCAACGCCGGUUCAAACGCGGCGGAGGCCAUUGUCGAGAUUGUCCCGUCAAUGCCGACCCAGACGUAUGCACCGAUUCAUGAUAUGGGAGUAGUUAUGCAACCCAGCGCAGACCUUAGUGUCUCUCACCUUGACUCGGCGUUGAUUGUUCCUAAUGACGGCUCCAGCAACCCUACAAUGGGGAUGCCGUUCAUGAACGACGAGGGUGGCUUUUACUCGUGGGAUUCGAUUGGGUGCAUGCUACUGGGGACGGAGACCAUGAAUGCGCCAAUGAACUGCAACAUGGCGUUUUUCACUGACACCGGGCACUGA